AGGAGUGACGGCGUGAAUUUCUGUAAAGGAGAGACUAGACGCACGAGGGAUUAUUUCUGUCUUGCGCUGUGCGCGCGUGCGUGCGCGCGUGCACGCGUGUGUGAAUGCUGCUGGCCCUGUUUUAGGAGAGCAAAUGGGGCUUUUUCGGUUUUGCAGCGGAUGAUCAGCGCGUCGUCCUUCACUCUGCCUCCGGCUUUCCUUAUUCCUCUCAUCACAGCUGCAUCCUCAUCACCAUUUUUCAUCAUCUGGACUCUCUCGGACCUGUAUAUGACGACGGCGUGGGGACAGUAAUGACAGCACGCUUCCGGUUGCCUGCUGGCCGAAGCUCCGAUGUGGGAGACUCUGAAGUGGCACGAGACAGACCGAGCUCACAGGUGUUGUGUAACGUUUUGCUGCUGGACAACACGGUGCAAGAAUUCAGAGCGAAUAAGCAGGAUCAGGGUCAGGUCUUACUGGAUGCAGUGUUUAAACAUCUGGAACUGACAGAGCAAGACUAUUUCGGACUUCAGAUCACUGACGACUCCUCGGACAGCCAGAGGUGGCUGGAUCCGAGUAAACCGAUCAGGAAACAGCUGAAAAGGAUCGCGCCGAAUAAUCUGAGUUUUAGGGUGAAGUUCUUUGUAAGUGAUCCGAGCAAACUUCAAGAGGAGUACACAAGGUACCUGUACUUUUUGCAGUUGAAGCAGGACAUCCAGAGCGGAAAGUUACCGUGUCCCCAGAAUGCAGCAGCGGUUUUGGCCUCUUAUGCUGUUCAGGCCGAGCUGGGGGACUACAGCCAAUCGGAGCAGUCGCCAGACUACCUUUCCGAGUACAGCUUCCUCCCGAACCCGCCGGAGGAUUUUGAGAAGGAGGUCGCCAAACUGCACCAGCAGCACACUGGACUCACUCCUGCUCAGUCAGAGUUUAACUACUUGAGUUCUGCCAGUUCUUUAGAGCUGUAUGGAGUGGAACUGCACUGUGCUCGAGACCAGAGCAACACCGAGGUCCACAUUGGAGUGAUGGCUGCUGGGAUCUGCAUUUAUAAAAACAGGGUACGGGUCAACCAUUUUCCAUGGGUGAAAAUUGUCAAAAUAUCUUUCAAAUCGAGACAGUUUUUCGUCCAACUCCGAAAGGAAUCGAGUAAGGGCCGGGAGUCCCUGAUGGCGUUUAGCAUGGCGAACUACAGAGCGUGUAAGAACGUCUGGAAGGCCUGCGUGGAGCACCACACGUUUUUCCGCCUGGAGCGCCCCUUACCACCGCAAAAGAACUUCUUCACACACUACUUCACUCUCGGCUCCAAGUUCCGAUACUGCGGAAGAACGGAGGCUCAGUCUGUCCAAUAUGGAAAAGAGCAAGGGGUCAAGGACCGAGUGUUCGCCAGGUCACCCAGCAAGCCGUUGGUCAGGAGGCUGGUGAGCGGGACGGACUGGGAGACGGUGAGCAGGAACUCUCUCUCGGACGAACGACUGGAGACGCAGAGCCUGCCCAACCGCUCACGCCCGGGCUCGCCCAAUCAUUCCAUAUUCGCUGCGGAUGGUACCCGGAUCCGGCCGUCCUCCAUCGGCCACCUGGUGGACCACGUGAUCGAUGACUCGGUGUGCCAAGCUUUCUCCAACCAUAAGUCGGCGUCAUCCACACAGGCUAACAGCAUCAGCUUGGACUCGACCCCAUCUCCGGACAGCGCGAUAGACAGCCAGCCUCCUGCUCUUCCACCGAAGCAGUCCAGGAAGAACCUGAUUAGUCACAUCAGCCAAUCCCGAUCUGAGCUGGAGCUCGAUGAGCACGCCACCGAACUCUACGACGUGCCUGUUGCUUCAGAUAAGAGCAUGAACGGCGCAGUUCCGCAUGACAACCUCGUGCUGAUCAAAAUGAAACCGGACGAAAACGGACGUUUCGGAUUCAACGUCAAGGGUGGCGCUGAUCAGAGGAUGCCAAUCAUCGUGUCUCGCGUCGCUCCUGGAACUGCGGCUGACCUGUGUGUGCCGCGCCUUAACGAGGGGGACCAGGUGGUGCUGAUAAAUGGGCGGGACAUCUCCGACUACACGCACGACGACGUGGUCAUGCUAAUCAAGGCCAGCUGUGAAAACCAAUCGGGAGAGCUUAUUCUGCUAGUAAGACCCAAUGCAAUCUACGACGUGGACGAGGAGGACGAGAAGCUGGAUCUGGAGCCGGAGUUCCAGUACGUUCCGGAAAGCUGCGGUUUGGAUCGGUCGCACUCGGAACCGGACGGAUGGAAGUCGUCCUUCCAGAUGCUGAGAGAUGGACUGAGCACCGGCUCUGUUCUCGCUCAGUUUGACCAACUGUAUCGAAAACGACCCGGAAUGUCCAUGUCCUGUGCCAGGCUACCGCAGAAUCUCUCGAAAAAUCGCUACCGGGACAUUUCCCCAUAUGACGCGACUCGAGUGGUCCUGAAGGGAGCCGAGGACUACAUCAACGCAAACUACAUAAACAUGGAGAUACCAGGGGGAGGUGGCGUAAGGCGAUAUAUCGCAUGCCAGGGCCCACUACCUGGCACUUGUUGUGAUUUCUGGCAGAUGGUGUGGGAGCAGAGCGCCGCCCUGGUGGUCAUGCUCACCACGCAGGUGGAACGGGGCAGGGUCAAGUGUCACCAGUACUGGCCGAACGUAUCCGCCAUGGGCACUUACGGCAACUUCCAGGUGUCCUGCGUGUCUGAGGAUGGGAAAGCGGCGUAUCUGCUCCGAGCGCUGACUCUCACACACCUGGAGACUAAAGAAGAGAGGCAUAUUUGCCAGAUGCAGUACAUGGCUUGGCCCGAUCACGGCGUUCCGGAUGACUCCACCGAGUUCCUGAACUUUGUUAACCUGGUGCGCAGUAAGCGAGGAGACUCGCAGGACCCUGUGGUCGUGCACUGCAGCGCCGGGAUCGGUCGCACAGGGGUUCUGAUCACCAUGGAGACAGCGAUGUGUCUGAUCGAGCGGAGUCAAGACGUGUAUCCGUUAGACAUCGUCCGAACCAUGAGAGACCAGCGAGCCAUGAUGAUUCAAACUGCUAGUCAGUAUCGGUUUGUAUGUGAAGCCAUUCUGAGAGUGUAUAACGAGGAGAUAGUGAAGCCGCUGGACUCGCCGGAGCCGAGCGCGUGCGCGACGGAGGAAUGAAGAGCUGCCCCGUCCUGGAUUCCUUUACGAACUCGACUGUCCCUCUGUCGCCUCCUGGUGGAGAGCUGCGUACCUGACCCCUGAGAAUUGGAACACGGGCGACAAAGCACUAUUUGCACUUUAGAACAAAAUGACCACUCGAGGGGGAUUUUACUAGAAAGACAACCGCAUCAGGGUGUUGUGUAAUCAUUCAUUUUUGAACAGUGGUAAACAUUCAGGUUGGAGGCCAAACCGAAUCGAACUAAAGACGAUAGAAAGCGACUUCUCGUAGUGCCAUACACUGAAAUGAGCCAAUGUCCGACCUGGAACAAACUCUUCUGGAUCACUUUCCCGCCGGUAAAUGCUAUGUAUAUGAUUUUAACGGGUUAAAGAGCCCCGUGUCCACCCCACAGUUCACUGUUUCAUUUCAUGGUACACGGAUUUAUGUCUCUUCUAAAUCUGUGGAAUUCCCAGUUUUCUGUCCAUUGCUCUGAUGCUUUAAAAUGAAAGUAACAUUUUGUCACGCACUCUUCCCGUUUAGGUCUCGAGUCUCUCGAGUGUUAAAUUCGUAUAAUGGUUCAGGCCAGCAGCCAAGGGUUUAACUACUGUAUACAGUCUGCGAAAUAAUGUGAAAAAAAACAAUGUGAAAAUGUUCCUUGCUGGCAGGACGUUGCUGUACCGUCGCCCUAUACGACACACCAGAUCAGGCUGAUUGCUUUGGCAUGAAUUUUUUUUUCCUUUUCAAAAGGGUCAAACGACGAGGUCAUUUAAAUCUGGAAUCUAUUUUAACCCAUGUGAAUUUUCUCACCUACUGCAUGUCAACAGAAAUCUUUUGAGGCUCUUUUGCGCUUGUCCCACAUUUCAACAUGCAGUUGUCGUCGUCGUUUUUUUUUUUUUAGCAGACUUCUGAUGUCUCGUUAAAAUGUCCCGCUGGAGACCUAAGGUAAAUGCUGUAGGCCCUGGGCCCGCACCUGGCUAACUGAUGUAAAGGUGCUCUAGGCCCCGCCCUUGUACCUUGUAGAGUGGAGUAAAGAUGCUCUACCUAGCAAACUAAUGGUUCUAUAUCGGCCCCUAAACCAGACCAAGGAAUUGACGGCCCAGACCCUAUACAUGGCUAAAGAAACAAUGCUAUAAACCAUGUCCCUGUACUGGAGUAAUUAAGGUAAAGGUGCUAUAGACCAGACCCCUGUAAGUGGUUAAGGAAGUGAUCCUAUAGACCCUGCCCCUGUUUCAGACUACCUAAGAUAAAGGUGCUAUACACCUUGUAAGUGGCUUAAGAAAUGAUUAUAUAGACCUUGUCCUUCUCCUGGAGUACUUAUGGUAGAGGUGCUACGUUAGGAAGCUGAGGUCAGCCAUGAUAUAGAACACCUGGAGCAGAUCUUCCUCAAGGGUCCAACAGUGGCAGCUUGGUUUUCCUAAGGCUUGAACCGCUGACUUUCAACAGCAUCUUCACCUCCAUUAGCAAGGGAGAGUACCAAUGGUACUUUUAACUGAGUCGCAUACAGGGCUUAACCUUGUGCGAGCAAGGAACCUUUUAAUAUCAUUGGCUUACUCGUUGUUAUUAUCGUAACUACAGGUAUUACCUUCAUGAAAGUGAAGGUCCUGUAGGCUUAGAUCCCUGUGCCUGGCAAUUGAGGUAAAGUUCUCAACCCUAUAUCUAACCCUAUACGAACUAAAGGUUCUGUUGGUACUGUUCAAGUACUAGCAUCCGCUAAAGAUGUUAUAAUAACGAGUAAGGUAAUGAUAUUAAAGGACUAGUUAAGAAAGCUAAAGGUAAGCCCUGAACUCGACUCGGUUAAAGGUACUAUUGGCACCGUCCCCGACCGUACGUGUAUAAUUAAGGGAACGGAGCAAUAAGCCUGGCCCCUUUAAAUUAAAAUCGACAUAAAAUUGCUAUAGACCUGUUUGUAUUGGUGAGUGUGCCCAAAUCCUAGCCCCUUUAAGGUAAAAGUGAGAUAGGCCCAGCCCUUGUGUUCCUGAGUAACUAAAGUAAAUGCCAUAUAUUUACCAUUGCCCCUAAUUCACCCAUCAUUACUCACUAAUCCAUUGUGAAUAUAUUCAAAUCUGCUAAACCCCAAACUGUGGAAAACACACUCAACCAAUUCCCAUCUGUUGUUCAUCUCCCUUGCCCCUAAAGGAAAAGAUGUGACCAACUACUGUUUUUAUGUCUUGCUCUUAGUCCAUCCGUCCCGUUUUUUAACCAUCGCAUUCCACAACGUAUAAAAGGGAUUUGGCUUCCAGGACCAACACGUUUUUUCAUCCUAAUGAAUGUUCAUCAAGCAGACAUGCGAGCUUCCGUGCGUGUUGUGAUGAAUCUUAAGCUAUAGAUUUGCUAUUAAUAUUGUGUUGGGACAAUGGUAUUUUUGUAUUUUAAAAGUUGAGAGAGAAAAUGAAAAAGGAAAAAAAAAAAAAAAAAAGAGACAACACUUUGCAGCUAACUUCGUAGCCUGUUGAACUACUUUAUUCUUACUGUAGUUAUGGGCAAGGUGGGGGGGUAGGGUGGGGGGGGGUCAUGUUGAAAUUAUAUUUAUGUCGAAAAUUUGUUAAAUAGAGACACCUGUAGGAACAUCUCUUAACUACAUCGUGUCGAAUGUUAAAUAUUUGUAAAUAUGUUAUAUAUUAAAAGUGUUCUGAAAAGAUUUUUUUUUUGCUUUUUGUCUUCUUUUUUUUUUUUUUUUUUUAAGACUCUGACCUGCCAUAAAACAUUAAUUAACACAGAAGGUCAGAAAGUUUAUGAUGAUCUCUUAUACGAUGAUCAACUACUGGAUAUACGUCCGACACCUGAGAGCAAAACACCUGGUAUUUUCUGCAAGUCCAGGAUCGGAAGCGACCGCCCGACAAUAAUUGAGACAGUUUGUACAGGGAGAUGAGGUCCUUGACCUCCAGCUCAGUUUACUUACCAAGUGGCAAGGGCCCUUCGAGGUCACAUGGUGACUCUUGAAGGAGUUCAGACAGACACAUGGUAAGUAAUACACACCCAGUAAUACUGUAACAAUGCAAGAGACAGAUAAUCUCCUAAAAGUGAUCCUACAUCACAUUCUAUCCAGUCGAAUUCGGUUUCUCUCACCCGGUGCCACAGUAUAUUUAGAACGACUUCGGUAUUUGCCAAUAAAAAUUGGCUGUGAAGUCCUUGAGAUGAGCCAGGCUCACAGAGAACCUAUCAGUGUGCAGCAGGACAGAUGGCGGUACAUCACGCAGUAAACCAUUUUGGGUCUUGGGCAUACUCAAAGAUGGCAGCAAUUGCUUCACUUACCUAAUUUGUCUUUCCCCGUUGUACUGUAGACCUAGGUAGUUGGACAGAGGGUUCAGGGCUGUUUUGUGUUAGGUGCUAGGAGGUAAGGACUGCCCAGCGAUGUACAUUAGCAGGAAAUUCCCCGCUCAAGUCACCGAUAGUGUUUUCUGAUCGAGUCGGGUGUCCUCACUUUCCAGUAUGACCUGCUGGGAUGUCUUCACACUCUCUGUUUGAACCAUGUCCCCAUGCAGCUGCUCUACUGAGAUCACUUGUUGCGGUCUGUUUAUUUUAUAGUUCCGGUGGUCAAUAGAAAUGGGGCACAUUUCCCAUCUGAAAGUAUUGGAACAGCAAGGCCCAUUCUUUUGUUUUUGCUAUACGAUGAAGACACUUGGGUUUGAGAUCAAAAGAUUGAUGGAUGGGAAUUUCAGCUUUCAUUUA